AUGGCACCUUCGACUACGGACGUGCUCCUGACGGACCUACAUGUCUCAUACGUUCAGAAACUGGGCCAGAACAAGGAUGACCUGACGUACCAUCUCACCUCCCAUCUGCGGCUCAACGCCAUCUACUGGGGGUUCACAGCCGUGUGCAUCCUGGGCCGCCCUGAUGCGUUGGACAGAGACGAGAUGAUCGCCUUCGUGAUGAGCUGCUGGGACGAAGAGGCAGGUGCUUUCGGGGCGCACCCGGACCAUGACGCCCACCUACUCUCCACGCUGAGUGCGAUCCAGAUUCUCGUCAUGCAGGACGCGUUGGAUCGCCUGGACGUCGAUCGGGUCGUGAAAUUCAUCCUGUCGUUGCAGCAGCCAUCGGGUGUCUUUGCCGGCGACAAGUGGGGCGAAGUGGACACUCGGUUCCUAUACUGCGCCGUAAACGCGUUAUCGCUCCUCGGUCGGCUGGAUCUACUCGAUAAAGAGAAGACGGUGGGCUACAUCGAGCGGUGUCGGAAUUACGACGGAGGAUUCGGGAACAGCAUUGGUGCGGAGAGCCACUCGGCCCAAGUGUUUGUGUGCGUGGCAGCACUCGCGAUCCUUGAUAGACUCGACGUGGUGGACGUCGACACCCUUGCUUGGUGGCUAUCAGAACGGCAGCUGCCCAAUGGAGGAUUGAACGGACGACCGGAGAAGCUUGAGGAUGUGUGCUACAGCUUCUGGGUGCUGUCUGCGCUGUCGAUCAUCAACAAGGUCCCAUGGAUCGAUGCCGAGAAGCUGAGCUCGUUCAUUCUGUCUGCCCAGGAUCCUGAAAGCGGCGGAAUUGCUGACAGGCCUGGGGACAUGGUGGAUGUUUUCCACACGCUGUUUGGCGUUGCCGGUCUGUCCAUUCUCGGUUACCCAGGUCUGGUUGAUUUGGAUCCUGUGUACUGCAUGCCUGCCAACGUCAUCGAAACAAGGGGUCUCCGAAAGAACUGGCAGGCACUUCCCAGGAGACAAUAA